AGAGGACCAAUAAUGUGCUGACUCCUGCCCCGACCCAUACCUAUCUGGUUACAUUUCAGCACCAACAUGUAUAAAAAGGCCCUGUUCAUUUUGGAGUUUAGGACGUCUUUUUGUGGAAGCUCCUGUGAGUGCUGAGCAACUAUUAUUUGGAGGAAAGUUUGGGACUUUAGAUACAAAUACACAGUAGGAUGGCAUUAAAUAAUCCCAACCCUCUGGGACCAUGGAAGAUCACAGUUUAUGACCAGGAGAACUUCCAGGGCAAGCGUGUGGAGUUCACCUCAGCCUGUCAGAACAUCAUGGAGUGCAGCAUCAACAACAUUCGCUCGCUCAAGGUGGAGUGUGGGGCCUGGGCAGGAUAUGAGCACUCCAGCUUCUGUGGACAGCAGUUUGUGCUGGAGAGAGGAGAGUAUCCUCACUGGGAGUCAUGGAGUGGCAGCAAUGCCUACCACAUCGAGAGGAUGAUGUCCUUUCGGCCCAUCUGCUGUGCUAACCAUAAGGAGUCCAAGAUUGUGGUGUUUGAGAGGGAGAACUUCAUGGGUCGUCAGUGGGAGAUAAAUGAUGACUACCCCUCCCUGCAGGCUAUGGGCUGGGGGAAAAAUGAGAUUGGAUCCAUGCAAGUUCAGAGCGGAGCCUGGGUGUGCUACCAGUUUCCAGGUUACCGUGGUUACCAAUACAUCAUGGAGUGCGACCGCCAUGGCGGCGAAUACAAACAUUACAGAGAGUGGGGUUCCCAUGCUCAGUCCUUCCAGGUUCAGUCACUGCGUCGAAUCCAGCAAUGAGGCCUGCAGCUGCCCCCCCUCAACCUCACCCUUUACCUCUUCCUCCUUCUUCUAUUCUUCAUAAUUUUCCU